AUGGUUACAAUUAAGGACGUUACAGUGGGUUUGAGAGCUUGUGAGAGAUUUAAAGAACUAGUUCCAGAACAUAUUAAAGAUUUUACUCGCCGCACUGUAAGAUCUCCUAUGCAACAAAUGAUACAAAUCAAUGAGUUAAAGGCAAAUCCAUUUAAGAGACGGAUCUGUCGAAUAUUCUCAACUUCCAAAUUGAAUAAUGGCAGCAUUUCCUUUGAAGAUUUCCUUGAUAUGUUUUCUGCUUUUAGUGAAGCAGCUCCAGCCGAUGUGAAAGCUGAAUAUGCAUUCCGAAUCUUGGAUUUCAAUGACAAUGGUACAAUAGAUCGCUCGGAUUUGAUCAAAUUCUUGACUUUAAUUACUGGAAAUGAGGUUCACAAGAUACUUAAUGAGACGGAGAUGGGAAUCAUUAUUGACAUGAUCAUGGAGGAUAUUGAUAUGGAUGGUGAUGAACGUAUAAACCUUUCAGAAUUCCAUCAUAUUGCAUCAAAAAUGCCUGACUUUGCCAGGUAA